AUGUCAUCUUUUAUUCGCGGAAUUGUUCCAGUCAACCAAUAUGGGAGUUAUUUAUUGCCUAUUUUAACUGGAAUUGACCAGUCAAAAACCACGGGAGGUAAUGUGGACAAUCGUGCGAUGCUUAAUUGGGAGGAAAACUGGAACACGCAGGAAAUGAAAACAAUGCUUUCGAGUGGGAGCAAGUAUUGUCCUCUUCCAUUUCCAAAAUCACUCCGCCUUAGAACUUGCGGGAAAGGCUAUAUGAAAAAAAAAAGGAUGAAAAAACUAAAUAGGCGCAUGAGAAGGCUAAGAUGUGAUAUGGAAGAAAUAAGCGAGGAACAAAAAAAGAUCAAAGAGGGGCAAAGACAAGUAAGAGAAAAAUUUGAAGCCAUUGAAUUGGAAUGUGAGCAUCUUCGAAAGGAGACCAACCUCAUAAUUCAACAGAGUAUGAGUACCCAAAUACGCCUUGCUUUGAUGUUUCAAAUUUUGAAAGCAAGAGAGAAUCAAGAGUUCGACAAGGCAGCCCAACUCACUUGUGCUCUCCGCGAAGUGAUAGCGAGAGAGAACCAACAAAGGAAUGCUUCGAAAAAUUAAAGGUUGGGUUGAGCUAUAUUGUUAUAUACCCCACAUUCCUAGGCCAACGUUUUCAUCCAAGUUCCGGAAAAAUCAAAUGUUCAAUGCCAUGUAUGGAAGUCUGAACUUUAAUUUGCAAUUAUCCUUAAAUUUAGAUCGUUAGUAGUAAGCUUAAUUAAAUAAAAGUUACUAUUGCAAACUGAGUAAUUCUAAUAUAUUUUCUUGAACCUAAUGCUUUGGUUCAUUCACUUCCUUUAAGAUUUGAAUGUCAAUAAAAUUGGGAUUCAAUUCUUAGUACUUGCAAA